UAGUCUAAAACCAAGAUGGUUGCCUAAUCUCCUACAUGUAGUAUAAGGUAAGCUAUUUUCAGGACUUAAAUAAAUAAGUAUAUUGAAAAUUGUCAAGACCCACAUAGGAUUCUUGGAGAUUGCCAUAAAACACAUGAUCCAAGAAACUCUUUUCCCCAUUCAGAUUUUCUUUUCCAAGUACCUUUUUUUAGUGUAAAUAAUCAAAAAAGUCAAGUAUACACAUAUAUAGAGAUUCUACAAAACUUUGUGUUUUCUUGUUUCAUCCUUUAUUCAUAUACCUUAUACAUAACAUUUUCAUACUAAGUGAUAUGACUCGCACGCAAUUUCCGAUCAUUAACAACUUUGACCAAAUUAAACUUCAUCGCUAUGGCGACUUAUUAUACUAAUGUGUUAAUUAAAGAUUGUAAUGUGAAUAGAAGAAUGUUUUACUUACUACUAUUGAUUAUCGAUACAAUUAUAUUUCUUACCAUUAUUGUUACAGCUAUUUCUUUUAAUAUAAUGUGAAUACAUUUUCUCUUACAAUGAAUAUUGUACAAUAUGUCUCAAAUUGUAUAUAGUAAUCGUGCAACCUCCAUUAACUAAGCCGUACAAAUAGCUCAAUGUACACCAAAUAACCCUUCUCUUCCGAGAGGUCAUAGGCUUCUUAGUUCGCUUCGAAACAAUCUCCAAGACUAUAUAUUUAAAUAACCUUUUUCUAAUUCACAUAUCUUAUUAUUUAAACAUAUCAAAGAUUCAAAACCCUUAAACCUGUCUCCCCCAAGAAGCAACAGUGAGUGCACCCUUACGAGGCAAUUGCUCCCUACGUCCCUCCUCCACUCUACAGCCUACACGUGUAACACCCUCUCCACAUGCACAAACUCACACACACAUUCAUGGAUCGUAUAUAAUACAUUCUUAUUGUGAGAGAGAGAAUAGAGAAGAGAGAUAUGGAGAGAACAGAAGCCUUGACGUCAUCGUUUAUAUGGCGGCCAAAUGCAAACGCAAACGCAAACGCAGAAAUAACGCCAAGCUGUCCAAGAUGUGGAUCAUCAAACACAAAGUUCUGUUAUUACAACAACUACAGCCUCACUCAACCUCGCUACUUCUGCAAAGGCUGCCGUAGAUAUUGGACCAAAGGCGGCUCCCUCCGCAACGUGCCUGUAGGUGGUGGCUGCCGCAAAUCCCGCCGUACCAAAUCUUCCUCGAGUAACGCUAAAACCGGCGUAACCGCUAGUUCAUGCAACUCCGGUGGUGGCUCACCAAACAUAGAUCUUGCUCUUGUUUACGCCAACUUCUUGAAUCCAAAGCCUGACGAACCCACACUUCAAGCAACAUGCGAUUUAGCCACAGGCGCUUCGAUGGAACCCUCUAAUUGGAGUAUGGACAUCGGUGAUGAUCAUCAUUAUGAUCAUCAGGUGGAACACAUUAUUGAGGAAUGUGGUUAUAAUGGGUUGCCUCCGUUUCCUGGUGAAGAGCUUCUUUCUAUUGACACUAAUAGUGUUUGGUCUGAUGCUUUAUUGAUUGGUCAUAAUAACCAUAUAGAAGUUGGUGGUGUAACUUCGGCUGAGACUGUUCAUGAACCGGUGGUUAAUUUUGCUGAUGAAUCCAAUGACUCUACCAACUUCUUGUUCGGAAGCUGGAGCCCUUUUGAUUUCUCAACCGAUGGAUAAUAAUCCAUAUUUGCAUUAAAAAAAAAAAAGUUUGUAUUCUACCUAUCAUAUAUAACAUAUACACAUUUAUAUGAAGAUCUUAUGGUUCAUUUCAUGUAAAUUAAGAGAGUCGAUUAUUUAAGUACAAAUUUAAGGGGUAAUAUGUAUACAUAGGCUAUAACUUUAUUACUUUGGUAGUGAUUCUCGACCUAAAUAUGAUGCUAUAAUAAGUCGUUUUCAAGACUUGCCCAAGAAUACCACGUGGAGGUCCUUGUCUUUGGAUUCGAUUGAGAUUUGCUUGUUACUUGAACUUGCAAUUCACUGAAAGUGAGACGCACGUGUACCAUGGGGACACGUGUGAGAGUUGUUGUGUCUCUGGCCUUUCUGUGUGCGUGUAUAGAUCUUCUCUAAAAGUUGUGUCAGAGAAAGAGCAUAUUUGUUGCUACUUUUCCUUUCAACUUCUUCCUACAAUUAAUCAGUUGAUUUUUCAUUGCCAAAGAUAUAUUAUUGUUCGGUUUUAAGCAAGUACCAUCGAUUGGAAAAUAAUGAAUUAAGUAAUUUUCUGUAUUGUCUACUACCUCACAUACAUAUAGAAAAAAAUAUGUAACUGAUUGCAUAUUUUUUAGAUGUAUAUCAUUAUAUUGAUAAUGAAGAAAAAACACGAAUCCAACUCGUUAGUCUUGACUAGUCGAACAAUUUUUUUUUUUUUUUGUUAACCGUGGGAAUCCGGCGACCGAGGUCAACCGACUAAUCCCACGAGACCCGCAGCAACCACGUAAUUUCCACCCCAGGAAUUAGCAGGGAGGGCCCGGGUGGCCACAGGGGGUUUCGAAGCCGGGUCCGUAUUGACGGGAAAACUGCCUCAAGACCACUAGCCUACCACCCCGUGGUUGUCAAACAAUCUUAUUAACCAUGUAAUUUGCCACAAUUCAUGAUUUAUCAAGGAUAGUCUACAUGUGGAAUCCAAU